AUGGCUAGUGCGGAGAGUUUCCUAGUGCUGGUACAUUACAGAGGGUCGAUUAAGAGAAAAACUCGGUCCGGCGUGAAGUUCACUGAUAAGGAUCCCCUAUGUAUUAUCGUGACGCCAACAACCACCUACGAUGCUCUUGUUAGCUCUGUGCUGGAGAAGCUUGGUCUCGAAGGAGUUAAAAGGGUCAAGAAGUUUUUCUACCGCAUUCCAACAGCGGUGCUCCAUGACACCGUAAAGUUUGAUUGUUCCACAAUCGGUAGUGACGAGGACUUGCAGAUUAUGUUUCUUUGUCGUAGGCAGUUUCCCGAGGUAAGGACACCAGAGUUGUUGGCAAAGUUGGUUGAUGUGGUAUCUAGCUCGGGUGGUUCGAACCGGAAUGCCAAUACUAUAGCCGCGGUUGCCGGCUCGAGCUCGAGACCUGCUGUUGCUUCAUCCUCAGCUCCUGUGUAUGAGCCACCGAUGCAGCCUGUUGCGUCCCCUUCGUUUGCCGUUGAUCUGAGCGGCAAUGUUGGAGACGAGGUUCGGUAUGGGGAACAUAUUCCCACCGAGGUACAUUGUCCCACACCGGCUGGCUUUGGUGAUGGUUUGUUUGAUGAUCCAGAUGACGAUGACGUGGAGCCAGAUAUGAUCGCUGAUGAAAGCGGUGAUGAUGUUGGAACUACUGUUCCGAGAAGGGCUACAGGUGGAUCUAGUUCCGGCACACAGCAGUAUCCACCCCAUUUUCCGUCGUUGGACCUGGAUGCCAUGCGGCAGGACGAAAAUGCUCUGCAGCCCUCAGGAUUUGGCGCUAGAGAUACCGAGGGGUCUACCGGUAUGAACGAAUUCCAGGUUGGCCAACAAUUUCAGGAUAAAGAUGAGGCGCUGUUGAGUGUGAAGACAUACAGUAUCCGUCGAGGGGUCCAGUACAAGGUCAUUGAGUCUGACUACCGCAGGUAUGUGGGAAAGUGUUCUGAGUUUGGGAAUGGGUGCACAUGGCUGAUUCGGUUGAGUCUCCGACAGCGGAAGGGUAUCUGGAAAGUGAAGCGAUACAACGGACCGCAUACAUGUCUCGCCAGCUCCAUCUCCAGCGACCAUAGGAGUCUGGACUACCAUGUGAUAUCCACCUUCAUUAUGCCGAUGGUUAGGGCUAAUGCAGCUGUGAACAUCAAUGUGCUUCAAAAUGCCACGGCCGCACACUUUGGGUUCAGGCCAACGUACAGGAGGGUAUGGAUGGCGAAGCAGAAGGCCGUUGCCGUCAUAUAUGGGGACUGGGACGAGUCGUACAAUGAGCUCCCUAGGUGGGUUUUAGGAGUUCAGCUGACGAUGCCCGGCACUGUAGCCGUCCUCAGGACUUGCCCUGUUCGAGUUGGGGGACAGGUUGACGAGUCUCAGGUUUAUUUUCAUAGGCUGUUCUGGACUUUUCCCCCUUGUAUUCAGGCAUUCCGAUGGAAACUCGAACAUCCUCCCGUGGCAUUUGCACUAGUUGAGGGUGAGAAUGCUGAGUCAUGGUCUUUCUUUCUUUCCCACCUCCGUGAGCACGUGACACCUCAGCCGGGUCUGUUAGUUAUUUCAGAUAGGCAUAACGGCAUCAAGGCAGCACUCAAGGCUCCGGAUGGGGGAUGGCUACCCCCGGCUGCGUACCGGGUGUUCUGCAUUCGACACGUUGCAGCGAAUUUUGCCUUGACGUUCAAGGGAAAAGAUGUCCGGAGGCUUCUUGUUAACGCCGCAUAUGCGAAGACCGAAGUGGAGUUCGACAACUGGUUUGACAUUCUCCGCUCUGAGAAUCCGGCAAUGGAUAACUCGGAGUACACCGUUGCUGAGACGACUCCGACAGGUUCAUUCUCUCUUGGUACGUACAGGGUCUCAUUAGGGUCUAAGACUUGUGAUUGUGGAUACUUCCAAGCACUUCAUUUUCCCUGUCCGCACGCACUGGCAUGCUGUGCUUAUUCACGACUUACAUGGCAGCCUUACGUCCACGAGGUCUAUCGCCUUAGUUCCGUUUUCGGUGUCUAUCAGAUGGGAUUUACACCUCCCAUUCCAGAGGGUUUCUGGCCACCUUAUGCCGGGCCUACCGUUAUACCGGAUCCGAGUAUGAGGCGUGCGAGGGAGGGUCGUCCUAGAUCCACAAGAAUUUGCACCAACAUGGAUGAAGCAGAUCCGAACCGGCCAAAGAGAUGUGGCCUCUGCAGGCAGCCAGGUCACACCAGGCGUAGUUGUCCACAAGCCGCAGGCCCCAGCGGGACUGCUGGAAAUCAGUAG